AUGUCGCAGGGGGGGUGGACAGGGACAAGGGAGCAAGAUUUAGCGCGCCGCUCAACAAGCCGGGGGGGCCAGCACCAAGGAUUUUCGCACGCAGCCAAGCGGCAGCGUCCGGUUCUGACUACUGCUGCGAGAAGACGACGACGACGACUACGGCGGGAGGGGGGGGGAGCUGCUAGUGCGCGAGGCAGUGAAGCCGACGGCGGAGGGCGAAACACGAGGUACGAUGAGGUACAAGAGUUGUAUCGGGCUGUUGGCUGCUCGCUGCUCGCACCACCGCCGCCCACGCCCACCCAGCAGCGGCCAUCGGCGAGCGGCCAGCGGUGCAGCCAACCUACCCACCCCAAGACGCCGCCAGCGCCGGCUCUAGUACCAAAUGCUAUCUUGUUUAUCUCCCGACGUCAAGCGAAGGGCGAGCUGGCCUUGCUGGCACGGCCACACUUGGAAACGAUGCUGCUGCUCGGCCUGUUGACUGUGAUGAGGCCCGUCGGUCGAGGCCCCGGCCGCUAUCAGUGUGUGAGUGGCCCGACCGACAGCAGGGCCGGAGCAGAGCGUAGUCGUGGGGGCGGCGAGGCCUGUCUGUGUCUGUGUCUGUCUGUCUGCCUGCCUGCCUGGCUAGUGACAAAGAGUCAGUCAGGCUGUGGUGGUCAAACAGCGACCGUUCGCAAUCUGCCACUCAGCCGUUGGGGGACGGUGGACGGUGCUCAUGCUUGCUCGCUCGCUCGUCUCGUCUCAGAAGCGACAACCGAGUGUCCCUCGUUGCGUGGGUGCGUGCACGCCCCCCGUUCUCAAGCGAGCCAUUCCAGACGUGAUGUCAUUGUUUUUUUUGUUCCGCCGUUUUUUCCUCAUGCCCCAGAAACGGCGCUUGUGUCUGCAUCUUUGCAUCCUUCUUUCACCAACUGA